AAUGACUCCAGUACAAAACUUAUUCAUGAUGUUUCCUUUGAGAAACGCAACCACCUGCGGGGAGCUGCGGGGUUUCAGUCGCGCAGUGAAUCAUGGGAGAUGAGGUGCGGUCGCUUUGAUGUGUGUGACUUCAGUUUCCUCCUUUUAGUCUCCAGGUGUUCGUCUCUCUCUCCUCCGAACCGAGCCGCCGUGUGUCUGCUCCGGUCUGAACACGUCGACCCGGCUCCGACAGAAACGACUCCGAGCCAGAACAGGAACUUUUUAAACUCGCUGAACACCGUAUUUCUCGACACAUUCCUGGCCGCGGCCGGCGGACGCAGACACCUGUCGCAGCUCACCUGUCGCCGCCAUGAUGUCAGCGGGUCGGUAAUGUCAGCAGAGCGACCCGGAGAGAACACCUGAGAGGAGCCGCCGGGAGUAAAGACACCAGAAGACAAGAAGAACCGAACAACAUGGAUUUACUGGACUCAGGACAGAAGUUCAGCCCGAGACAGGACCCGGACUGGGACACGGCCGUGGAGUUUCUGCCCGCCCCGGACUCCAAGCGGCUGGAGAAGAAACCGGGCCGCAGGAAGAAGCUGUGGAUCGGAGUGGGCCUGCUGCUCUCUGCUGCGGCGCUGUCUCUGAUCACCGGGCUGCUGGUGUGGCACUUCCACUUGCGCAGUGAUGUCAGAGUGAAGAGGAUCUACAUCGGCUCCAUGGGCAUCAGCGACCAGCGUUUCCUGCCGUCCUUCGAAGACCCCAAAAGUCCUCAGUUUGUGAACCUGGCCACACUGGUCAACCAGCAGCUGAAACUGAUUUACUCCAAAAACUCUGUGCUCGCCAAAUCCUUCCGAGGCUCCUCGGUCCAGGCCUUCAGUGAGGGCGACGGCGGAGGCGACGGCGUGGUGGCGUAUUACGAGUCAGAGUUCGACGUCCACGUCUCCCAGCAGGCUUCGCUGGACGAGGCCAUCAGGUCUCUGGAACCGGCAGGAAGUCAGCAGGGUCGUCACGGUCGCCUGCUGCUGAAACCAGCCGACGCUCUGAGCGUCACCAGCGUGGUGUCAGGAGCGAUCGACCCGCGCAUGACCAGGAAUUCUUUAUUUGUGAGAAAGUCGUUCAGUUUCCACGUCAGAGAGCCGGGAGUCGUCCAGUCUCCGGGGUUUCCGGACUCGUCGUACCCGCCGAACGUCUACCUGCAGUGGAGGCUGCGGGCCGACCCGGGACACCGGGUCCGACUGGACUUCCACACUCUGAUCCUGGAGGACGACUGUGAGCAAGACUUCAUCAAGAUCUACGACUCCCUCGCUCCGAUAGAGAACAAAGUCCUGACAGAACAGUGUGGAUACCCUCACGUCUCGCUGUCCUUCGUGUCCUCUGGAAACGUCAUGCUGCUCACGUUGGUCACCAGCGAUGAGAAGAACUUCCCCGGGUUCAGAGCCAACUACUCCCAGAUCGCUGCGAGCGAACAAAAGUGUGGAGGAACUCUGCGUGGAGACAAAGGUUCGUUCUUCUCGCCGUUCUUCCCGUCAAACUAUCCUCCAACAACUACGUGCGUCUGGGAAAUCGAGACCACGGAGGUAAAGUUUGUGAAAGUUCAGUUCAACAAGUUCCAGCUGGGAAACAACAGCAACCAGUGCUCCGAAGACUACGUCGACAUCAACGGUCAAAGACUGUGUGGCAGUAAGCCUGAGAGCACCGUGGUCACCAGCAGAAGCAACGUGAUGACCAUCAUAUUUCACUCGGACGCGUCCUACGUGGACCAGGGUUUCACCGCCGAGUACGAAAGCUUUGUCCCGACUAAUCCGUGUCCCGGACGGUUCCAGUGCACCAACAACCUGUGCAUCAACACGACGCUGCAGUGUGACGGCUGGAACGACUGUGGAGACGGAAGCGACGAGGACGACUGCACGUGUGAAGCGUCUCAGAUGAAAUGUAGAAACGGACGCUGUAAACCCAAGUUCUGGGAAUGUGACGGCUUCGACGACUGCGGAGACGAGACGGACGAGCAGAACUGUGUAAAAUGUAAAUCAGGAGAGUUUUCCUGCAGGAACCAUCGUUGUAUCCCCGAGAAGCUGAAGUGUAACGGAAAAGACGACUGCUCGGACGGAUCGGACGAGUCGCAGUGUGAGAAAUCUCUGGUGCUGCGGACGUGUUCAGAAUUCACCUUCCGCUGCCGGAAUGGACGCUGCAUCAGUAAACUGAACCCAGAGUGCGACGGAGAGCAGGACUGUGAGGACGGUUCUGAUGAGGACGACUGCCAGUGCGGGAUCAGGCCGUACCGCAGCUCUCGUAUCGUGGGUGGUCAGGUGUCGCGGGAGGGGGAGUGGCCCUGGCAGGUGAGCCUCCACAUCAGAGGGACGGGUCACGUGUGCGGAGCGUCGGUGCUGAGUAACCGCUGGCUGCUGACCGCCGCUCACUGCGUUCAGGACAACGGGCCCAACAAGUACUCGCAGGCGGACCAAUGGGAGGCCCUGCUGGGUCUGCACGUGCAGAGUCUGACCAGCGAGUGGACGGUGAGGAGGAACGUGCGGCGCAUCAUCGCUCACAGCGAGUACAACCCUCUGAGCUACAACAACGACAUCGCUCUGAUGGAGCUGGACGCCAGCGUCAACCUCAACCAGAACAUCUGGCCCAUCUGCCUCCCCUCCCCCACCUACGACUUCCCAGCAGGCCAGGAUGCCUGGAUCACCGGCUGGGGGGCCACCAGAGAAGGAGGCCUCGCUGCCACCGUCCUGCAGAAGGCCGAGGUUCGGAUCGUCAACAGCACGGUCUGUAAGAGUCUGAUGAGCGAAGACGUCACCGACAGGAUGCUUUGUGCCGGAGUCCUCAAAGGAGGCGUGGACGCCUGUCAGGGCGACUCCGGCGGGCCGCUGUCCGUCACUGGCCCCAGUGGGCGGGUCUUCCUGGCCGGCGUGGUGAGCUGGGGCGACGGCUGCGCUCGCAGGAACAAACCGGGCGUCUACACCCGAGUCACCAAGUUCCGCCGCUGGAUAAAGGAGAACAGCGGAGUGUAGCGGACGACUCGUGUUCUUCAUGGACAUUUCUGAUGGAGGUGAACGUGGACCGACAGCAGAGUCUGUGAACUGUACAGACGCUGUCUAAAGUUUUAAAAGUUUAUAAAUCAUGUGUCUGAUUUCCAUGAUUCAAAGUGCAGCGAAGCAGCAGCUGAGAGCGUCUCCACCAAACACAUCACAGCUUGUUUUUAUAUGAUAACGAAGAUUAUAAAUGAAAUACUUAGUGCACUUCCUCCUUCUACAUUUCUGAGACAAAUAGCUGGAUUAUUAUGUCUUCAAUGAAAAAAAAUACUGUUUCCAGUUUUAUAGGAAUGAUAGUUAAAUAACAUCCAGUUUAAAUCACUUCAUGAACAUCAUCCAAAACCAAAAUCUACCCACAGCUUCAUUCACAUUUAGAAAACAAAAUGAUUAAAAGUGGAGCCGGAUGGUGAUUCAGUCUUUGGUUUGUCCGUUCUGGGCUACUGUAGAAACAUGGCGGUGCAACAUGGCCGACUGUGGAGGAGGAGCUGCUCCCUCCGUUCUUAGUUUAGUUUAAUCACCCACUGAAACAUGAAGACGAAUGUUCUCCUUCCUGCACACUGGACCUUCAACCUGUAACCGUCAGCACCGUGCAGUGUUUUAAUCUGGAGCUCCACAACACAAGAACAUUAACACCUUCUUUCAUCCAGAUAAUGAAGUUGUGAUCUUUUAAAAGAUAAUUUAAAGUUAUGAUCCGCCUCAGCUGCCGUCUGCUUCUGCAUGUGAGACAGAAAUAAAACACUCUUGGAGCUUCUUAUGGUUCAGUAAAGACACAAACUGUGAUCCUGUUUGAAUCAGGGAGAUUCUCUCCGUCACUCUGUGAUGAUUUAACUGAAACACUUGACGUGUUUCCUCUUGAAGUUUACUGUCGUGUAAAUACUGAUGAUGAAUUGUUUCUCAGGGCUGAAAGGAAAACACUUAAAUAUAAUCUGAGUUUAUGUUCAGUGUAGCUGCAGAUGUGGACAAACUGGGUCCAUCUUUACUGAAGCUGCUGAGUCUGUCUGCAGACUGUCUGUUUCAUACAGGACGAUAUUAGGACAAGUAUAUAAUCGACCUAUUUGUGUGUGAAGGUGAAAUUCUAGCUGAUAAUAUUGAAUUAACGAGUGAAGCAUCCAGGGUGGGAGUUAUAAUGUGAUCUUAGUGGCGGUCUGUAAAACCACUGACUCUAACUAACAUCAGGCUGCAGGCAGAUGAACAGAUAAACAGGAUUAUAGCUGAACGUCAGUUCACUCCUGGUGCUAAAUGAGUCUCGAGUGACCGGAUCUCACUUCCUGGCUGUAUAUGCAAAUAUUCUACACAAAGUAAUAAAUAUGUUCAUUUUUAACUUUGCAGAAUGAACAAGAAGGCCUGAACAGUUCAGGAUUUGUUGGAUGCAGCUUUUCUCAAAGUUUAUACAGUUUCUUCUGACAGGAGGUCUCAAAAUUGAGCGUUUCUUAAAGGGAGUCUGGUGACUUUUUCUACUUUGUUCUCUGAAGAAGUAACAAAUAUAGUUACUGGAUUUUUUUUACAUUUCACAUGUUCACUGUCAGGAGGUUGAAUUCUUUAAUACAUUUGGUCUAAAUGGUGACACGAGUUCAAACUCCUGUUGGUUCUCAUGUGACUCAAACCCAGGCAGCAGCUCGUCAGGCUGCUGAAACACUUUUAAACUUUUAAAGAGUCCGAUGAGGAAAAACAACAAACUGAGAGACACAAAAUGAACGAUUUGGUUCAAUGAAUGACUCAGCUGAUCAAGUUGGAAAGUUAUAGAUUGAAAAUGAUUAAAUUUUAGUGUUUAAAAGUGAAAUUCAAAUCAAACAAAUCAAACAGUUUAUUUAGCUUGUUUACAAACUUCCAAAAACCUGAAGAUAAUUGAAUCUUUAUUUAACAUGAGAUGAUUUCACCAACACAAGUUUCUCACUUUAAAAAUGUUGUUCAUCACAAACUGUAACUGUCAUGAAGGAACCAGCAGAACACCAGAGUUCUUCAUGACGUCUGUAAGCGGCUCGUUAAGGUUCUACUGGACACCCAGAGGUUCUGAUAAAAGCUUCACAGCACAAAACGAACAAAGCAAACUGAACAAAAACUUUAAAGCUACAAAAAUAAGCCUCUUAUUAAAACUGUCUUCAGUAAAGUGGAUUCUUGCUGGUUUGAUGUUUUCCACUUGGUCACGUGGAUCAUUUUAUUUUCUCUUCUCUGUCCGUCUCUUCGUCCGGCGGCCAUCUUUGUUACACUUCCUGUUUGCGUGGUCUGGCCGGUGCUCUCUGUGGUGACGUGUUUCUGCUCAGUGUAUUUAUUUGUACAGUUUCCUUGUUGGGUUGGUGGAGUUUAGCUCCACAGCUGUUUUUACUUUUAUACUAGUUCUACUGUAGUUUGGGACGCAGGAUUAUGAAGAUGCAGUAACAGAAUUCAGAGGACGAUCGUUAGUUGCCGAAUGAAAAAAAGUUGAAUGAAACCAUUUGAAGUUUCUGGUUGUAGUUUAGUUUUGUAGGAUAGAGAUGAAAGCAGCAGACAGGUGUGGGUUUGUAAAGCUGCUGCUUCAUGACCAGUUCUGAUUAAAAACGGGAUGAAAAUACAAACAUGUUGAUGAUAUUUGGAUGGAACUGAAUGUUUAACUGCCAAAAAAUAUGAAAUCUUAUAAAUAAACCAAAUAUGAACAUUCACACAA